AUGGGCCGACGGACGGGCCGACGGACGGUCGAACACCCUGUGAAUCACCGGCAAGUAGUCAAUUCAGGCCUGCCUACGCGUCAAGCCGAGAAGACGACCGACACGAAGAUCCGAGUAGGAACCAAAAGUACGCGAGGCCGUCACUUGUGGUUUUGGUUGGCAACCCGGAAGAAGGCCAACGCCCUCCCUAGCCGUGUCGAUUACAGCGCGUCGACAGAAAAAUGCAUCCGAUUAAUGGCAAACGAGCAUGGUGGCUUCAACACUACCCCAUACAACAAGGUCUAUUUCGGCCGUGCUGAGCUCCUCGACCUUCUUGACGCGGACAUGGACCAGACACCGAACAAAGCUGUCGCGGAAAACCAUCACCUAGCGUGGCUAUUCGGCUUGGUGUGUGAGGUGAGGCCUGGUACCCUCGGGCAGAUUCAUCGACGACCCGACCAUUUUUUGAGGUGGGAGGACAUCACCAUCAGCCGAGAUGUGUCAGACGACCGUAAGACCUUCACGGUCAAGGUCACCUUCCGCUGGCUAAAAGGCAACCGUGACAACCUAGCAACAAUGAACAAGAGGUUGAAGAUGACCAUCCGGUCGCCGACGACCGUUACCCAAAUACCUCUCUCAAUACCUCACCGUCUCCUCGUGAUCCUUAUACGUCGAGGGUUGCUAGAGCAUCACGAUUCCUUCGAGUCGGCAGUGUUCGGCAUCGCUCGUCCAAAAUCGUCUAGACGACCGCUUGAGCUGGAGGCGAGCGAAGCUAUCCGCACGGCUCAGCUGGUAAAGGUCUCAAUGGAUCGUCAUACGAUGAUCCAGGCCUUCGUGGAGCGCCACGCUGAUGUCAUAGCUGCGGUAGAAGAAGGCGAUGCUUACCAACUGCAACAAGUCCGCAAGCGCAUCCGCAAAGCAGCGCUGGAGGCGGCCCGUAUCAACGAGCUGAAGAAACCCUCCAAGAUCUUUGAGAUGAUGCAGCAGAGGCUCGCGGCCGCCAGGCCUAAUGACGCAGACGAUGGUCUUUCUGGCGAUGAAGUAGAACUGGAUCUUGACCCCGACGCCGAACAAGACGAUAAUGAUGCAGAGGUUCAAGCGAUCGAGACCGAGAUCGAAGUGGGCAACGAUAAAGACAAUGAGCCACUACCCUCGAAUUGGAGCGAACAGCUACAGGCCUUUGCUGACCUGAUGUUCGAACCCGUCGGAACAACAGGAGAGAUGCGCUGCUCACCUUGUGAAAUGGAUCCAACCGUCGACGAGGCUAAGAAGAACCAUGUCUACGAGUUUCAGUAUGAUCUGCAGCACCAUUUAGGUGGCGGGGAACGCUAUGUGAUGCAGGAUCACCAGCCGGGAGCGGCCUCCACCAGGGCACAGGAGCGCUAUGUGACGCGGAUCACCAGCUAG